AUGUUUGCCAUGCGUGAGCCGAUUGCUCCGCCCGCGACGAUAAGGCCGGGGAAGAAUCCGUGUUGGGCCAAGGGCAAGAAUACGCGCUGCCUCCCCGCCUUUCUGCUGCUCGGGGUGGCUCAGACCGGCGUGCGCGACCUGUACGCUCGUAUCUCCGCCAGCGCCGACAUUGCCGCGAUCCCGUUUGGAACGGGCUGGUUCUUCACGCAGCCAGAAGUCAAAUGGCAAAAGUACAUGGACAUCACGUCUCGGUUUGCGCAAGCCUUUCCAAACAAGCUGCUCGGGCAGGCCGUCGCCGACGGCUUUGACAUCGUGUGGCAGCAGCAGAGCCGACUCGCGACCCCGUUCCUCAACACCAUGGCCGAGGCGCGCCAGCGGUGCUUGCGCCAAAAGAAGGAGGCCCUCGGAGUCUGCAUGGGGCGGAGCAUGCCACACGCGCGCAAGCUCGACGCGAUGCAAGGCGAGUUCAAUGGCGUGCCUUUUGUGGGGCAAGGCGAGCCCGUUCGAACAUUCUCGGUGCCGCAGCUCGUGCGCGUCGGCUACGCCGACAGUCCCGCGCCGUCGCUGAUUGUCAUGCUCCGGCUGCCAUGGGUGAGGAUGCACUCUGCGUACUGGAGUGGGCAGCAAUAUAGGCAGCGCUACAACAGCAGCGCCAAGGGCGAGGCGGCGUGGGUCGACGCGUCCGUCAACUCAUUCCUGCAGUGCGAAAAGAAGUUUGGGGUCGAGCGGUGCGCGCUCUCAUUCGAGAGCCUCUCGAGCGAGAACGAGGCGGCGUUCGGCCACUGCGACCAGCUCAUCCGAGGAUUGUACUCUGUUUUCCUGCCGCGGUGGCGACAAGACCACCCGCGGCUGCUCGCGCUGCGCGCUGAGCAGUACUAUUCCCGGCCUCGGGAGGUGCUGCAGAGCGUCUUCUCUUUCCUCAACCUCAAGACCGACGACGAGGCGGCGUGGUCUAGGCUCCUCGCCGGAGCUGUCGCUGCCUCGCCCGACCGAGAAGCGCGCAAGCCGCCGAUGCUGGGUGCCACCCUGGCAAAGCUCGCCGCGUUCUACGCUCCCUCUCUCAAAGAGCUCGUGGGGCAGCUCUCGGACCAGCCAGACGCGCGCCGCUGGUACCAGUGGAUGAGGUACGGCAUAGAGGAGGUAUAUAGCUAG